ACCCAAGAGCUUUAUUUUUUAUUGUCAUUUGAUUAAGUUAAUCUAAUAAGUAAUAAUAGUUAAACUUGAGACAUUUAAUGAGCAUGAUCAAAGAAAGCGCUCGGUUUUCAAACGCGUAAAUAUUUUAUCACCAACCCUGGGCUUAUUUGCAUUCAAAAAUUUUUAAGUUUCCCGCUAAAAAAAAUUAUUUUAUUUCUCUAAAAUUAUUGAUACAAAAAAAAUACUCGAGGAUGUGGACUAUGGAUUAGUUUAGUGACGUAAAAGAAUUAAAAGGACUUUUAAAUUUUAGUAUCCUUUUAAGUCGUUCCUGAAGGACCACGUGACCAAAAGUGAUAGCCCUUGUUGUCGGUUGGUGUCGCAACACGGCAACGCUGUGUAGUUUAGUAAAAACCGUGUGGCACUUGUGUCUGGUGCAGCAACACACCCAAUGUUUGUGUUGUUUUGAUAUUUAACGUGAUAAACAUUAUAUAAAUAUUUAAAUAAUUAAAUAUGUAGACAUUACGUAGUAAUUAACUAAAAUGUGGACCACCACCAAGACAACCAAGUACGGAGUCGCCGUCUACAACUGGCGAGGAGAUACUCGGUAUGGACUGCCACUGGAAAUCGGAGAUACGCUCCAUAUUUUAGAGGAAUGCGCAGGAUGGUACCGAGGGUUCUCGACGAAGAACCGAGCGGUGAAAGGCAUAUUUCCGAGCUCUUACAUCCAUCUGAAGCCGUGUAAAAUCGAGAACGAAGGCCUCUUUGAGUCGGUGAUACCGGAGGAAGAUCCAGUGGUACGCGAGGUAACUCUAGUUCUGCGAGAAUGGGGUGGAAUCUGGAAAAGACUUUAUGUGGAACGGGAAAUCUACAAGUUCAAUACUCUACGGAAAGUAAUGAGAGAGUUAUUGGAGUGGCGACGACAACUUCUAGGAGGUACGUUGACAACAGACCAAACGAGGGAAUUGAAAUUACGAAUCAUCAACAAAGUCGACUGGGGAAAUCGAAAACUUGGGUUGGAUCUGGUACCACGUCAAGGAGCGCACAUGGUCGAUCCAGACUCAAUGUCAGUCGUGGAACUCUACCAUGUGCAUUUGCAAAGCGCAGAAAAUUCUCAAGGUGCAUCAGCACGUGGAACCCUCCGCCGCAAAGAGCAGAAAAAAGUUCUGACCCAUCAUCUUUAUUUUUGCAUGCGCGAUUUCGGACAUUCCGUAGGCGAGGAUACUGAAAUAUAUUUUUCCCUGUGGGAUUCUCGCCGCGGCGAGUAUCUGAGCGAGAGAUUUCUCGUUAAAAUAUCCAAAGAAGGUUUUUCAAAUUAUGUUGAAAAGCUGCACAGCAACUGUACCAUUUUUACUGACCUCGGUAACGCAGACCUCAGUCGGGAUUUAUACGUGAUCGCUCAUGUGAUGCGUUGCGGUCGUAUGCUUUACUCCGAUUCAAGUAAAAAUAAAUCUGGAAGUGUUGUCUAUCGUCGGCCACAUGGAGUUGGUGUUUUAUCUCUCGCUGAAGCUGCUCAAGAUCACGCUGAAGAACUCGAGAUGACAUUCAAGGUGUAUCAAGGGGAAGAGAAGGAAUUUCAUCAACUGCACGAGCAAAUAAUAAAAAAUAAUAAAUGUUCACCGCUACCAGGGCAACCGAAUUACGGAAUAGUGGUGUCCCUACGUGUGUUACACGGAGAGCUGUCACAAGUCCGUGAGGAACAUCCUCAUUUAUUUAAAAAUGUAUGUUUAACACGUAAACUCGGUUUUUCGGACGUUAUAAUGCCGGGCGACGUGAGAAAUGAUUUGUACCUGAGACUAGAGCGCGGAGAAUUUGAACGCGGCGGUAAAUCGACCGGUAAAAAUAUCGAGGUAACAAUGCUGGUGCUCGAUGCCGAAGGGAAACCACUCGAAGGCUGUUUAUUCGGCGCCGCUGGUAUGGAAGGUAGUUCUGAGUACCAAAGUUUAGUAAUUUAUCAUCACAAUAGUCCUUAUUGGGGCGAGACUGUCAGAUUAGCGGUGCCAAUUGAAAAGUUUUACGGUAGUCACAUAAGAUUUGAAUUCCGUCACUGCUCCACUCGCGAAAAAAGUGAUAAAAAAUUGUUUGACUUUGCAUUCGUACGUCUAAUGGAGCCAGACGGUGGUGCUACAAUCCAAGACGGUUUGCACGAGCUCUACAUAUAUAAAUGUGAAGAACGUGCCAAAUUAGAUUCAUUGAGUUACUUGUCGUUGCCAUCAAAUGCCCGUGAGCCAAAUUGUCCAGGAGUACCACCGUUUACAAGAUCACCCAAGGAAGCUGUUUUCGUAACGACAUUACUGUGUAGCACAAAAUUAACGCAGAAUGUCGAUUUGCUGAGUUUAUUACAGUGGAAAGCGCAUCCUGAAAAAAUAGCAGAAGCACUUGGACGGGUUUUACGACUUGAUGGUGAAGAACUCGUUAAAUUUUUGCAAGAUAUACUUGACGCUCUAUUUGCGAUGUUUCAUACUGAGGAUGGCAAUUCAACAGCACACUCUGGCCUAGUAUUUCAAGUCCUUGUUUCAAUAUUUAGUCAUUUAGAGGACGUUAAAUUUGAACACUUUAAGCCUGUGAUAGACGCGUAUAUAUCUGGUCAUUUUGCAGCAGCAUUAGUUUACAAAGGUCUAUUAAGUAGCGUCCAGCAUUGUGCUGAUUGGGUUACCGCUGCCGAGAAACAAGAGCCUAUUAUGAAGUGUUUCCGCUCACUCGAGUACAUCUUCAAGUUUAUCAUACAAAGUAGACUGUUAUUUGCUCGCGCAACUGCUGGUCAGUACGAGGACAGUUUCAAACGUGAUCUCUACUGCGUAUUUGCGGCACUAAAUAAAAUGCUCACGUUGACAUACGAAACUGUUUUGUAUUCCCAAGUCGCAUUACUGUUGUCUAUAUCUGCUGUUUUCGAGCAGCUCGAAGUUGUACUGCCGGCGCUAGAAGUUGCUAAACUAACAUGCACGAUGCUGGACUCGGUACCCCGAGAACCGCCGCCGCAACUUCUGCAAGCCAAACUUCUGGCAAUUAAAAAUCUUGUUACCUCAAUACUAUUUCAGGAUGACGAGAGCAGAAAUUUGUUACUGAUGACCAUUUGUCGUCACUUGAGAAUACACUUAGCAAGAAGAGAAGAGUUGAGAUCUUGUACAGACAUAUUGGGAGAAAUAUUGAGCUUUCUUUACAAACGCGGAUGCGAUACAAAUAAAGUUAACAAUUGUAUUCAUCAUGACAUUGAAAUAAUAUGUAUAUCUAUACUAGAUGUUUUGGUACAAACGAUAUUGAUAAUUGUCAACACCAGCGGACCAGUAUUGGGAUGUCUCGUUGCCUGUCUGAUUGGACUCCUUCAGCAGCUAGACGAGUACCAUUACGCGCGACUGUGGGAAGAAUUAAGCCACGGCGGGGAACGUAAGCCACUGAAAGAUUUUCUUUUCCGGGUAUUUUUGGUCCUAAAAGAUCUUGUCCGUCAAGAAGUAUUUCCGCCCGACUGGUUGGUUAUGAGGAUGCAGGCCAAUAACGUUAUUUUGAAAUCAUUACAAGAGUUAGCCCAACCACUGGCCUUCAAAUUUCUCCAUGGUAACUUUGACUCUCAACUCUGGUCAACGUAUUUCAAUCUCGCGGUGGCUUAUCUUACCCAGCCGUCACUGCAGCUGGAACAUUUUUCUGAAGUUAAACGGGAAAAAAUAGUGGAGAGAUACGGCGACAUGAGAGUACUUAUGGGUUUUCAAAUUCUGUCAAUGUGGUCGCAUUUGGGAGAACGUAAACUUGAAUUUAUACCGGGUAUGGUUGGCCCUUUUCUUGAAGUAACACUUGUUCCCGAAAGUGAAUUGCGUAAAGCAACGUUACAUAUCUUUUUUGACAUGAUGGAGUGCGAGCAACUAGCACGUGGCAGCUUCAAGUCCGUCGAGUCCGAGCUGAUUGAUAAACUCGACAUCUUGAUAAGCGAAAACAAAGGAGACGAUGAAUACCGACAAUUAUUCAAUACCAUGGAGCAUCUUAGCGCCGUGCUGCUAGAUCGAGUGCAAUCAGAAGAUCCAACGUGGAAAGACAGUGGUACGGCAUUUAUUACCUCAGUUACCCGGCUACUGGAGAGACUUCUUGACUACCGGAGUGUUAUACAAGGCGACGAAAACCGUGACAAACGCAUGUCAUGCACGGUUAAUUUGUUGAAUUUUUACAAAAAUGAAUUCAAUCGUAAAGAAAUGUACUUGCGGUACAUUUACAAGCUUCACGAUCUCCAUUUGGCAGCUGAAAAUUACACAGAAGCAGGAUUUACGAUGAAACUUUAUGCUGAUCAGUUGAGCUGGGACUCGACGAUACUGCCCGCUGAUCAUGUGCAUCCUCAACAGGCAGAGUGGCAGCGGAAGGAACUUCUAUACUAUCAAAUAAUUCAUUACUUUGAUCGCGGCAAAUGCUGGGAAAAGGGUAUCCCGCUUUGCAAAGAGCUGGCUGGACUCUACGAGACACGUCUGUAUGAUUACGCGAAGCUCAGUCAAAUUUUAAAAAUGCAAGCUAAAUUUUUGGAUAAUAUUCUUACGCAACUGAGACCCGAGCCGGAGUACUUCCGCGUCGGGUUUUACGGUCUCAGCUUUCCACUAUUUGUUCGGAAUAAAUUGUUUAUUUAUCGCGGUUUGGAGUAUGAGAGAAUAGGUGCCUUCACACAAAGACUUCAAACAGAGUUUCCAAGCGCACAGAUACUGACUAAAAAUUCCCCACCGGAUGAUAGCAUUAUCACUGCUGAAGGUCAAUAUAUUCAAAUAUGUAACGUAAAGCCAAUCCCGGAAGAGGGUAGCUUGGCAUGUACAGUAGGAGAAAUACCGGAACGUGUGGUCGCGUUUUAUCUCGUUAAUGACGUACGUAAAUUUACAUUCGAUCGACCCUUGCACCGGGGGCCAGUUGACCGUGAAAACGAAUUCAAAUCGCUGUGGAUUGAACGCACGACAUUAACAACAGAGGCCAAGUUGCCGGGUAUAUUACGUUGGUUCGAAGUUAUUGAGCGACGUUCCGAGCUUUUAGCACCGGUGCAGUAUGCAUGCGAGACGAUGCAGAACGUCGAGACGGAAUUGCGUCGUCUGGUUGCUCAGUAUACCGCGGAGCCACAUCGUAACAUAAAUCCAUUCAGUAUGAGAUUGCAGGGAAUAAUAGAUGCCAAUGUAAUGGGAGGAAUAACAAAAUAUCAAGAGGCUUUUCUGACUGCUGAAUUUGCGCGACAAAAUCCUGAGAUGGUACCGCAUGUUAAUAAAUUAAAAAAUUUAAUUCUUGAUCAAAUAAGCGUAUUAGAGUCGGGGCUGGUUCUUCAUGGGCAAAUAGCGCCAGCUGGGGUGCAGCCGCUUCACAAGAGACUGAUUGAAAGAUUUACGCAGCUCAAACAGAGCCUGGGUAAUUUAACGAGACAACGUACAAUUCAUCAAGACAGUAUUAUUAAUUCGCCAUUGCCACCAUUGCCAAUAAAUGAGAAACAACGACCGGCUACUCUGGACACCGUGGGAUCAAGACUCUCUCACGCUGACAGUGACGGAUUACCUGAGGACGAGGGAUUUUAUACGCGAGUAGACGGAGCACCGCCGCCGAUACCACAGCGCGAAGUGCGUCCACGGUCAGUCGGAUAUGGAUCGACACCACCGAGACUGACUCAUCACAGGACACUCAGCAAACCUCUGAGUCCCAAACUACCGCUAAGACACUCGCUGCCGACUCCAACUGAUGGUCAAGACCCAGCGAACAUGCGAAGCUCCUGGAGUGAACCGGGAACCGAACAAGCUCCGCCUCUUCCACCUCGCGGGUGCACUCCCGACAAACGGGAGUCUAACAACCCUAGUAUCGUUGUACCUCCCGCACCUCCCAAGCGACUGACGACUCACCGACGCAACACCGAUUGGAGUACUGAGGAUGACAUCGACAACUCAAAUGACCUCAGAGAUACCAAUGAUUUGAGAGACUCAGGCAUUUCUACUACCAGUUUCCAAGACUUUCAGCAACACCUCACUAAUUUAAAUAAUCUCAGCUACGAAGACUUUGAGCCACGAUCGAGAACCAAUGAUAUCAUGAAUAUUUCACCGCCUUCUGUGAUAAGUUCUCUCAAUGUUUCUACUGUUAGCUUUAUGAGUUCUACAUUCCAAGGACCGCAAAUUCUUCUGGAUCAAGAUUCAAGUCCGCCGCCGAUCCCACCAAAAGUAAAUCAAGACACACCAUCAGCGCCUUCAACUCUUGAACGGGCGAACCGCGUCCACGUCCACGGGGGAACUGGGCACGUAGAAAAUUACUCGGUGCCGAAAUUACAAACUCUAUCCGUCGCAACUGAUGGCGAGAGUACUGUAUAAUAUUACAAGUCGAAUCUCCUCCUAGUCUUAGCAGUAGUCAUUACUAUUAUUAUUAUAUCAUAAUUAUUAUUAUUAUUAAAAUUUAAAUAAUAUAUUUAACAAGAGAAAAUACGUUUUUAUGUAUUGCUGCACAACUCAACAGUUAAUGUUGAAAAAAAAUAACACUAAAGAUAAUUAUUGAUAUUAAUUACAAAAAUUAGCUUUAAGAUGAUCCUCAGAUAAGAGAAACCGCGACGAUUUAUUUUUUUUUUUAAAUAGAGCUUGCAAUCGAUGAAUUAAUUAAUCAUGUAAAUCAGUAAUUAAAUUUUUUUUUUUUUUUAUGCAGAUAUUUAAUUUUUUUUUGUUAAUCCGUAAACUCAAAGAUGCGCUUCCGGAUUUAAAAGUUAUAUUUUACAACAAACUUAUUUAUACACUUAGACUGUAAUCUUUUUAACGCGUAGCUUAUAUAUAAAUUAAUUUAUAUAAUAUAUUAUUAAAUAAAUAAAUAAAAAGGUCAAUGUAUUAAAAUAAUAAAUAAUAUUAAGAUCGAUAUAUAAAUUAUGUAUUUUGUC